AUGGCCAAGGCCGUCGAUAUCGAGGCUGAAAUUCCUCUCACCUGCGUCCAGCUCGAUGGCAUGGUUGUCACUAAAAUCAUUAAACACGCACGGGAAGCGCCUUCGACGACGGCUCAUGGUCUAUUGCUUGGGCUUGAUCUCGAUGGGAUCCUGGAGGUGUCCAACUCGUUCCCUCUCCCCCAGCAUGUAAACGAUGAUGACGACAAGUCCGCAAAGUCGAGUGCACGGCAUCAGGCUUCCAUGCUGCGUUCACUUAAGGAGGUCCAAGCAGACGACAGCGUCGUCGGAUUUUACCAAGCUACGACGCUAGGGGCGUUUUUCAGCCAAUCGUUGAUUGAUACCCAAGCCAUCCAUCAGGAUAAACUCAGACACGGGGGUAUCGUAAUUGUACAUGAUAUAUCGCAGACGGCACGGGGUAAUGCAUCAUUUCGUGCAUACAAAUUAACAGCAGCGUUUUUAGACGCAUAUAAAAAGUCCAACUUUAGCACAUCGAGCCUGAUAAAUCAUCGACUUACAUUUUCAUCGAUCCUGGAAGAAGUGCCCCUCAAAAUCCGGACGAAUCCACUGCUGAGUGGAUUCCUCGGAACACUGGCCGAAGCUAGUCGAGCGCCCCUCUCAAGCGCCACGCUGGGCAAGGGGACAUCCGAACUUGGGCCGUCAUUCUCGGUGCUUGAUCUCGGAACGGGAGGGAUAACGCGCAACCUGGAGCAGAUCGUGGAGGCGGUGGACAACUACCGGACAGAAGAGGGCAACCUGUCGUACAUGAGCCGGCAGAUUGCCCGAGAGCGUGCGAAGGCAGAGAACUACGUUGCGAAACGCAAGGAGGAGAACCAGACGCGGGUUGCACAGGGCCUUGCACCCCUACCGGAGGAGGAUGUGUCGCGGCUGUUCAAGAUUCCGGCUGAGCCGAGCCGGUUGGAGAGCCUGCUGCUGCUGGGGAAGAUUGAUGCGCUAGGGAGGAGCCUGGGGGGCACGGCGAGCACGGGACUAGUAAAGAUGUAUGCAGCGAACGCAGGCAGCACUGUUUGA